UUAUGUCAAAAAAAUAGAAGGUUAUGUUAGUGCAAGAGAUUUACUUUAAAUAUUUUUAAUUUACAAAAUGAAGAUAUUGUUAAAUAAGUGUAUAUGAAUAUUUUAAAAUUAAUAAAUAGAUGUAGAUUAGUAGUAUCAAUACGAACUCAACCCUUGACAAGAACAUUAAAUAGUGAAACUUAUUACAAACAAAUUGCUAAAAUAUCAAAUAUUUAUGUAGAUGUAUCGAUACGGAACAUGUCUCAAAAAAGUAUAACAUCGUUUUUUAAAUCGACUCCAAGGAAAACUGAAGAGGAAAAGAUCGAUAAGAAUGAUUCAACGUCCAGCUUAAACAACAGCAGUGAAGUCAAUGAAGCAACGCCAAAAGAAAAUGGAAAGAGGUCAAAAAGGCUUAGAUCGAGCAGUAGUGAAAAUAAUUCGCCAGAGAUUGAAAAGAAAUCAUCACCUCCAGUUAAAUCUGAAAAGAAAAAGAAAGUGAAAAGGCAACGUAUAGACAGUUCAGAGAGCGAACCUGAUUCACCAACAAAAUCUAGUGACGAGCAAAGUGAUAUAAAACUAGAAAGAAGUAAAAUUCCCCCGAAAACAUAUGAUUCGCCUAAAACUAAAAAAAGUAAAAAACCAGAAAAAGAUGUCUCAGAAAAGAAAAUCAAGGUAGAGAAAACAUCACCAAAGACACAGAAGAAAAAGGAAUUGACGAGUAAAGAGAGUCCUCUAAACAAAUUUAUGGUAAAAGUUGAGAAAUCUGACGACAAUGACACGAAGAAUAACAAGGAGAAUGUUCAAAAUGAUCAAGAAAAACCAGACAUAGUUGCAGAAGUCGAUUACAAUCCAGCUAAACCCAAGUACCAUCCCAUCAAGGAUGCAUGUUGGUCCAAGGGUCAAGAGGUUCCCUACCUCGCCCUGGCCAAGACGCUAGAGGUCAUCGAGGGGACAUCGGCCCGGUUAAAAAUGGUGGAGAUUUUGAGCAACUACUUCAGAUCUGUGAUAGCGCUGACUCCCGAGGACCUGCUUGCGAGCAUAUAUCUGUGUCUGAAUAAGCUGGCACCGGCAUAUCACAGCUUGGAGCUGGGCAUAGCGGAGACGUAUCUGAUGAAGGCGGUGGGGCAGUGCACGGGCCGCUCGCUGGCGCAGAUGCGCAGCGCGGCGCAGCGCAGCGGCGACCUCGGGCUCGUGGCCGAGCAGGCGCGCGCCACGCAGCGCACCAUGUUCGCCGCGCCGGCGCUGCGCGUGCGCCGCGUGCUCGCCGCGCUCAGGGACGUCGCGGCCAUGAGCGGUCAAGCUUCAGUUAACAAGAAAAUUGGGAAAAUCCAGUCGUUAUAUGUGGCUUGCAGACAUUCGGAGGCGCGAUAUUUGAUUAGAUCUCUGGAAGGCAAGCUGCGCGUGGGGCUCGCGGAGCAGUCCGCGCUGCAGGCGCUGGCGCUGGCUUGCGCGAGCACGCCGCCGCAGGCCGCAGCCAGCCAGCUCGACGUCGCCUCCACGAUGAGCCCGGAGGCCUUUAAGGCGCUAGUGGACGAGCACGCGCUGACCAUCAAGACGACGUACUGCGAGUGUCCCAACUACGAGCUGAUAGUGCCGGUGCUGCUGCAGUGGGGGGUGGCGGCGCUGCCCGAGCACUGCAAGCUGACGCCCGGCAUACCGCUCAAGCCCAUGCUGGCGCACCCGUCGCGCGGCGUGCACGAGGUCUUCACCCGGUUCGAGAACGAGGAGUUCACGUGCGAGUUCAAGUACGACGGCGAGCGCGCGCAGAUACACGUGCCGGGGGGGGACGCGCCGCGCUACGCCGACGCCGCCGUGUUCAGCCGCAACCAGGAGAACAACACCAGUAAGUACCCGGACGUGCUGCGCCGGCUGCCGGGCCUGCUGCGGGACAGCGUGACGAGCUGCGUGCUGGACUGCGAGGCCGUGGCCUACGACACCGUCACCAAGCAGAUACUGCCGUUCCAGGUGCUGUCGACGCGCAAGCGCAAGGACGCCGCGGAGGACGAGAUCAAGGUGCAGGUGUGCGUGUUCGUGUUCGACCUGCUGUUCCUCAACGGGCGGCCGCUCGUGCGUGACGCGCUGGCCGAGCGCCGCGCGCUGCUGCGGGAACACUUCCGGGAGGUGGAGGGUCAGUGGCAGUUUGCGGCGGGUGGCGACUGUCGCGACGAGGAGGCCGUGCAGAGCCUGCUGGAGAGCGCCGUGCGGUCCUCCUGCGAGGGCCUCAUGCUCAAGGCCCUGCACGGGCCCCGCGCGCGGUACGACAUCGCGCGCCGCUCGCACAACUGGCUCAAGCUGAAGAAGGACUACCUAGAGGGCGCCGGCGACACCGUCGACGCGGUGGUGCUGGGCGCCUACCGCGGCCGCGGCAAGCGCGCUGGCUUGUACGGCGGGUUCCUGCUGGCCUGCCGCGACGCCGAGGCCGACCACUACCAGUCGCUCUGCAAGAUCGGCACCGGCUUCUCCGACGACGACCUGCGCACGCUCACCGAGACGCUGGCGCAGCACGUCAUCGACGCGCCGCGGAGCUACUACAUGUUCGACGGCUCGCACGCGGCGGACGUGUGGUUCAGCGCGGCGUGCGUGUGGGAGGUGCGCUGCGCGGACCUGUCGCUGUCGCCCGCCCACCGCGCCGCCAUCGGCCUGGUGGACCCCGACCGCGGCGUGUCGCUGCGCUUCCCCAGGUUCGUGCGCGUCCGCGACGACAAGACGCCCGAGCAGGCGACCAGCGCCGAGCAGCUGGCGCAGCUGUACCUGGCGCAGGACCAGGUCAAGAACAGCGCGCCCAAACACGUGGACCACGACGACUUCUACUAGCUCGACUUACAAAUAAAACACUAUAUUGUUGCAUUUCUUUUAUUCGGA